AUGACGGACACAAAGAAAGCCGAUGAAACAGUAAAAGUGCCGUUAGUGUCGCCGUUCACGAAGAAACCGACCAUUAUAGGCAAAGGACAGAAUAAUGAGAAGAGUGAAGAAGAGGUACCAAAGGUUGUGGCUCCAAGUGGAUUCGUCUUUGGCGCUAAAUUGGCAGAUCGCGUGACAAAUGUAAGGUUUUGGGUUUAAUAUGUUGAAGUUUAGGUAAUAUUGGAAUGCAAAAGGUUAUAAAAUAUAUAUUGAAAGUUUUGUCUAAAAAUUGGUUUUAAAAUAUAAAUUGCUGUUUAAAAUGUUAAGUGUUUAUGUAAAGUAACAACAUUUUUAUUUAGGGAUUUACAAAGAAACAAGAAGACGGUCCCAAAGAUGCUUCUUCUAUCUUCAAGCAGUUUUCGACGAAUUCAAGUGGAGGAUUAGUAAGUUUUUUUGCGAUUAAUGUUGAUUUUAGCAACUUUAUCUUUUUAAAUUAAUAUUGGCUUUAAAAGUUUUUCUUUCAACAAACGAUUAAAUACGUUUUUUAGUUCUGUAAGCCAGCAUCGACGUCAGAAGAUUCAAGUAAUGUAUUCAAGCCUUUUGGAGGAUUUUCUGAUGUAAAAGGGAAACAAGUCGAACUAGAAACCCCAGCAGAAACGAUUACCGGAGAAGAAGGGGAACGUAAUGUUUUACAUGUAAGUUAUCUCAAUGUCUUUUUUGAUCUUAGGCUUUUAUCAACAUUAGAAUUAUAAGAAGAUAUUGUUUUAUGAUGUAUUAAUGUAAAUUUAGUUGAGUUGAUUAAUAAAUACACAAAUUUUAGGCUGCUUGUAAAUUUUACAUUUUUGACAAAGAAACUAAAAGCUGGCAAGAACGAGGGAAUGGUGUUUUGCGAAUAAACCAAAGUAUGGAGGAUGCACACAGUUAUCGAAUAAGUAAGUUUUACAGACUUUAUCUUCUAGAAUAUAGAAACAGCUUGAUUUAAAACUAAAAAUUAAGUUGUUGGAGAACUUUAAAAUUCUGACUUGUACCUAAAAAUAACAUUUUUAGUCGGGCGAGCAACUGGAAACCAGCGUGUAUGUGUAAAUUCCAAGAUCUUUGCUGACAUGAUGUUAGAACGAGUAUCAGACAAACGUAUCAAAAUUUCGGCAAUGUCACCGGACUCGGACAUUCCUCAACUGGUUGUAAUCCAAUCCUCGCCACAAGUCAUUGCUCAAAUCGACGAGAAACUCGAUCAGCUAAUAACCCUGGCCAAGUCGAACAAACGGAAAAGGAAAAUGAACUUCUCCCAAGAUGAAGUUGCUGCCAAACGUGACAAUGGGAUUGAAACGGUUGACGAGGAGCCAAGUUUUGCUGAGAGCAGUUUCGAAGCCGAAGCCAAGGAUUCUGACGAAUCGGUGGGAAAAGAUGAGGAUACAGCUGAUAAUGAUGAAGAAGAAGAGUCGAGAACUGAUGAUUACAAAACUGACUCGGUGGAGGAGAAUGGAAGUGCGAAGGAAUCAGAAGACACGAAAAAGGAGGAAUAA